AUGACGUUAGUAUCAGUACCCGAUACCGAUGAACCUUUAGAGGAAAACGUAUUCGAAGGAGAUCGACUCAAAUGUCGAGCUGUGUUCGUACGUGGUCCAAAUUCCAGUGCACCAACAAUCGUUAGUCCGAAAAUAAAUUUAGCCAAAGGUGAUCUUUUCGUCAUGAAUUUAUAUGACAAUAAUGACACGCAGAAACUUCUUAUGCAAGUUGAUCGCGUCGAUGAUGAACGAGCGAUUCAGUCAGCCAAUUUCGAUAUUUAUAUUGACGACACCAUCAAAAGAACAUUUUCAAUCAAUACUUUACUGGUGAAUUAUAAUAUAAUACAAAAAGUUGCGAAGAAAGAGGCGUUUGCACUAUAUCUAGUCGAAAUUCAAGUUAAAGAACAAUAUUUCAGUCGUGGUGAUAUGUGGCGCUUUACACGUAAAUUAGUAAAUACCGCUGUUUAUUUGAAGAAAGCACUAGAAAUAUUUGGCAUGAGAGCGACGGUGUAUGGUUUAUGGAUAGCAAAUCAUCCAUUUCGCGUUUCUUCCGGUUAUAUCACAAAAGAUACAAAAAUUGUUUUUCGUUCGUUGAGUGCAUGUUGUACAAUAUUUCUACAGAUGUCGAAGGAGAUGUGGGAUUUCGAUGAACAAGGUGACACGUAUUAUGAAAAAGCUGUGGAUGGAUUUCUUAUGGAUUUAUUCACACGAUGGAAGUCAAUGAGUUGCCAACAUGAUGUGACAAUGACGUUAUUUUCUCGAGUUUUCUACGAUGCAAAAUCACUGGAAGAUUUUCCAGCAUCUUUAAGACAAGAUAUCAACAUAGAUCAUCGCGGAAAAUUUUAUGAAGAUUUCUAUCGUGUAAUCUAUCAAAAUGAACGUUAUGACGAUUGGACACCGCGCCUAGCUAAAAUCAAACAAGUACUGGUGAACUAUAAGGAAGAUCUGGUGACAUAUCAUAAAAAACAACUACCCAAAGAGGAAGCAGAUAAGAUGCCAAAUGGAACGAUUUCAUGUGCAGCUGAUGGGAAUUUUCUCGAGACUUUGAACUUAUCGUCUAGUAUUUUUGAACGGCAUUUUAUUGAUCGUCCAUUCGAUCGUCUGGGUCAAAUGUCGCUAGUAAUUACACCGGGUGGUGGCAUUUUCGAAGUUGACCGUGAAUUAACAAACAUGACUAAGCAACGUGUAUUAGAUAAUGGUAUCGGCAGUGAUCUUGUGUGUCUGGGAGAACAACCAUUGUUUGCCGUACCAUUGUUUAAAUUUUUCAAAGAAAAUCCAAAUACCGCAGAUGACUAUCAGAUUCCACACUGGAUCAAUUUAAGUUACUAUAGAAGUUCAACUGCUCCAUCAUGCUUUAAACGUUUUAUUCCGCGUGUACCAUUUGAUAAACAACGAAUACAAGGCGGCUUAUUAGGUAUAGAAUUCUUGUUCUUCGAGAAGUAUUUCAUUGACUUUUUAUGUAAAACAGAUGUGAAAACUGUAAUGAAUUCAAUUACCGAAGAGUUUUUUAUCAAACCGUAUCAGCCAUCGAUGGAAGAAUUUGAUGCUCAAGUAUUCAAAACAACAACAAAAGCACCAACUGAACAAGGAUCGACGGUUGACAGAAGUGCCCGAAGUGAUGUUCGUAUAGCCAGACGACGACACAUAACAAUGGGUCCUUCACAGCCAGUAGUUAUGGAAGAAGGCGAUCCCAUUCAAGAACCUACAGGCAUGUUAAUUGUAAAUAAUAAAGCUCCAGUAUCAUCAGGCACAAAUGAUGAUCCGCGCCUCUUCAAUGCUAAUGUCAAAGAUGAUAUCGUGCUUUCAACAUCCCAUGCAACAUCAGCAAAUAUAUCAGCAUAUAUUCAGGCAUACAAUACAUAUAACCAGUCCGCACAGGUUUUGUUCUAUAAUCAACAUAGUUUCUCACGUGCCGCUCAGAGUGCUGAUACCUAUUUUCUAACAUCUCAUAUAUUUGCACGAAUGCAAGCACGGCCGAAAGCGCUGACCAAUCCAUUUGCACCAGCUAGUAUCCGUAUACCGAUGGUACCAGGACGACGUCGGUGGGCGCACACAUUUCCUAUUGGUCCGAAUAAAAUACCAUGGCAUUUUCAUCAUUUACGUCAAAUAGAAGGUCUAAUGAAACAAGAAAUCCUUGUUUGCAUAUCAACAUGUGCACAUCUGGUUCUUCCGGGCACGUCCAAACAAUUGACAAAUAAUUUAAAAUCAAAACGAAUGAAUCAACAUCUGAAAGCUAAUAGCGAUGUGAGUACACGUCAAAAGCGCAUUGUCAGUCCAUCAAAUUAUGAUUUGAGACGAGGAACCGUGAAUCGUCGGGAUAGCGUCACUGACGAUAAUCGAACAAAUGUUAGCAAUGUGCCUGCCAAAAAGCCCGGUCAUGACGGUUCAAGUAAAAUAGCAACAACGAAAAACAAAGUGGAAGCUAUUAUUUGGGGCCCGACAGGUGUUGAACCAUGGAGUGCAUCGAUGAUAACUGGUAUCGAUUGGAAAUCUUUGACCAUACCAGCUUCUCUUCCGACCACAUUCGAUGUUGUUCCAUCAGAAGACGAUUUAAAACGUGAUUUUACACAUAAUUCCUACGAACUAUUUCAAUAUCUACCACCAAUAACGGAAUAUGAUCGAAAACGAAAACAAACACAUAGUGGGACUCCAAAUGCCGAACCAAUAACUCAUUACGAUCCGAUGGAGCGACAUAAACUAGCGUUUGAUGAAUUAAUUGACCAACGUCUAUCUCAAGGUUUUCAAAUGGUGGUGGAAAUUCCACUACAUGUCACGAAGAUAAUGAUUGAAAAAAUUCGAUUGAGCGGCUACAAAGAAACCGGCUACAACCGUUUACUAAGCAUCGGCCGAAUUUAUCAUACCUUAAGUCUUGUCACAGAAGCGAAUCCAAAGCCAGAUACAGCUGUUAUAUGUGUACAACAAUUUAAACCUAUAUAUGUCUUUCAACCUAGACCCGUUGCAUAUAAAUACCGAUUUCAGUGUCCUGAUUCGUCCUAUUAUGAUCGAGCUCGAUAUACGCUGCAGCUGGAUAACUUAGAGCUGUUUGCGUGGAAUGUCGUCGAUAAUACUGUGUGCAGUCACGGAUCCGGUGAUCAUAAACUAUCGAACUCUACGAAAUAUUGGCGUACUCGUCUGGUAUUAAUGCCGGUUUCGCGUGAUUAUACGAUAAAAAGUAUUGAAUCCGGUCAAACAAAAUGUGAUAGUCGUCAAGAAAUGUCGCACGAAGAUUACUUUCUUUAUGUUGAACAUUUCAUUCGAUUCUUAGUCAUGCUAAAUAAACUUUCACGCGUUCGUACUGGCCCCACUGAAUUUUUCCACCGACCUAUUGAUCCAGUUACCGGAAAGAAACGUGUCGAUAUUCAUCGACGUCCAGGCAAAAAUAUAGGACCGAAUAAGACAUUUAACCUUAGUAGUGUUAUGUCUGGCGAUAGUGAGGCGAUAAGUGGUUUGUUGAGCUUAUUUCAAGAUGAACAGCAAGGUUUAUCAUUCGUCAAAGAUGCUGUUUUACCUGAAUGCUCGUUCAUUGCUAUUGAAGCGAUCUGGUGGUGCAUUGAACACUGUGAUGAUAUACAGAAUGAAGAUACUGCUUGCUUAUUAUUUGAAUUUUUGAAUACGAAGAAAAUCAUUCAACAUUAUACAUCCGUCGAUAAACCGUUUCGUUUUGGCUUUUUUCUCUAUUACAUUGUUACAGAUAAAACAAGGAAUUACCGUCACUAUUCCAAUGAUUAUCCUGAAGUGGGAUUUUAUGAAACCAAAAAUUUUAUUCCCUCAAUGGAUUACUUAGGCUUCGCUUUAUGUAGUCCUAUGCGUUUACUGCCCAAUCUUAUUCCUAGUCCACAAUCAGUAUCACGAACAGCACGUCUUGGAACAGGAAAUACAUCUACAAUGAACAAUAAUUUCAAUAACAAUAACGAUCCAUCAGGAAAAGAAGCAACAGCAUCAAUCGAAUUAAAACGUAGUUGCAAUGUUGAUGUCGACCCAAAGCAGAUGUCUGAUAGACGUGAAUGGGCGGUCGCACAACAUCAUGCUUACUACAAUCCACAUUGUCUAUUCGAAUUGGAAAUUCGUUGGCUAGUGGCCACUUCAUGCAUAUUAGGAGAUCUUAUAACGACUUGGUCACAACGCACAGGAACAAUGCUCGGAUCAAACCAAGUCGCUUUCCAUCUCAUUCCUAUUCCAUGUGAUCCAUUUGCUGAGUUUGAUCCGUUACGAGGUCCUAUCUAUAUCCGGAUGGAUUCGUCGUGUCUCGUUGAAAAACUUGAAUGCUUUUCGGAAACCUCGCGUGGUCAGCUUUUGAGUAUUUUUCAAGAACUGAUUGUCAAGCGCUAUGGCUUCAUUUUAAAUACGUGUGUCAGCUACAAGGAUGAAAAUAUCUACUAUGUUCACAUUAGCGGUGGUAUGCUUGUUUAUAUUUUAUCGGAUGUUUACAAUGUACAUUGUAAUCGUCGAGCGAUGCGUGUAGCAUCGAGUGGUGAAGGCGACGGUCAAUCGUCGCCACUUGAUUGUGGAUUCUAUUGGUGUUGGAACUUUUGCUUGGGAAAAAAAUGGCGCAGUACGCAAACCGGUGAAGAAAAAUAUCAAGAUAUCAUGUUAGCAGAUUUUCGCGCAUUUUGUGCUAAUGACAAGAAUCGUUUACUUAACUUUUGGAAUGAAGUCGAUGAAAUCGCUAAAAGUAAAUUGAUCGAGCAACAACAAUUUCAAGGAGAAUAUAAAGACGACGAAAAGCAAAAGAACUCGUCAAUCAUACCCACAAAGUUUUAA